AUGUCAGAUAAAUCUGCUCUGUUUGUAGUCGAUGACUUUAGCAGAGAGAAAAAAGAUCCUACCCGCUUCUCCAUUACUUCAGAAUCACUAAGUAGUCCCGGGUCUCCAGAACCAACUACAACAUGGGCCAAGUUUUGUGAUGGUUUUAAGCGUGCACCACCCGCCUCUGUUGCAGGUGGCGAUCGUAAAAAAGUCAUGUCGGUAACGGAAUUACGUUUGAUGGCUACUUCGACAGGAUUGGGCACUGGUUUGCUCGUGGCUGCUGGCGGUAGGUUGCGUGCUGCAGGACCUGCAGGUAUGCUUAUUGCCUAUGCAAUAACUGGUUUAGCAAUGCUUGUACCCAUGAUGAACUCCUUGGCUGAAUUGAGUAUAACAUAUCCAGGCUUGCCCGGUGGGUUCCAAUCUUAUUACUCCAAGUUUAUUGAUGAGAGUUUGGGUUUUGCAUUGGGCUGGCAAUACGCUAUUCAAUGGGUGUGUAUUAUAAGUUUGGAGUUGGUUGUUGCUUCAAUGACAAUCAAAUACUGGACAACAACCAUUAACCCAUGUGUAUGGGUAACUAUAAUCUUGUUGUUUGUUGUAUUGAUCAAUAUUUUCAAUGCAAAAGUGUACUCGGUUGCCGAAUCAACAAUGAACUCGAUCAAAGUAAUGAUGCUUUGUGGAUUUGUUAUUUUUGGUAUCUGUAUCAAUGCUGGUGCUGGAUCCCAAGGCUAUAUUGGUGCAAAGUAUUUCCAUGAGCCCGGUGCAUUUACGACAUUUAAAGGGUUGGCCUCAGUGUUUGUUACUAGUUCUUUUUCAUUAGGUGGCUCUGAGUUUAUCAGUGUUUCUGCAGCUGAGACUAAGCAUCCCAAGUUGGCGUUGAGGUCAGCAACCAAGUUUGUUUAUUGGAAAGUUAUUGUAUUGUUUCUUGGCUCUUUAACCAUAGUGGGACUCUUGGUGCCAUACAAUUCAGAUAGGUUACUUGGAGGUGAGUCUCCAUCGCACGCUUCACCUUAUGUAUUGGCAGCAGCAAUACAUGGUGUCAAAGUUAUUCCACACAUUAUCAAUGCCGUUAUCUUAAUUUCGGUUACAUCGGUGGCUACAGCUGCCAUGUAUAGUUCAUCGCGUUUGAUUCAAUCAAUGUCAGAACAAGGUUUGGGACCCAAGUGGUUGUUGUAUGUGGAUAAGGAAGGUAGACCAUUAACUGCAUGGUUGGUGACGGUUAUUUCGUCGUUUUUUGCCUAUAUUGCUGCUUAUGACAAGGAGGAUGUAGUGUUUACAUGGCUAUUAUCCAUCUCCGGUAUUUCAUUUGUUCUUUGUUGGAUGUUUAUUUGCAUUUGUCAUAUUAGAUUUAGACAAGCAUUAAAGUUUAACAAUAUUCCACUCAGUUCCUUGGAGUAUGUUUCCACUACUGGUGUUUGGGGUUCCUAUAUUGGUGCCAUAAUCAACUUUCUUAUUCUUAUUGCCCAAUUCUGGACUAGUUUGUUCCCCAGUGAUAAGCCAGAUGCCAAUUCAUUUUUUGAGAAUUAUCUUGGAGCACCUGUAUUUAUCUUUGUUUAUUGUGCGCAUAAACUUUGGACUAGGAAUUGGAAAAUGUGGAAACCUAUUGAUGAGAUUGAUGUCAACCAAGAUAGGGUAAUUAAGGAUUACGAUUUAGUGCUUCAGGAAGCAGAAGACGAUAAGGCGAGGUUUAGAAAUGCGCCAAUUUGGAAAAAGAUAUUGAUUGUCCUUUUUGAUUGA